UUCCUUGUUGAACCCGUGUGACUCUUUAAGACAUAAAAACAUUAAGUUCGUUUCCAUUCGAGUCACAUGAAGCUGGUGGUGAGUGAGGUGCUAGCAAGGUAGAGCAGAGGGUGGUGAGGGAGGCGUCUUAACUGCAUUAUCUGGACUCUUGCGAGAUGAACGAUGUGGGUGUGAAGGAAGAGGGUAUAGCAAGCUAUAAGACUGCACUAGCACGCGAUGAAGUAGGGAAUGUCAUACAAGAAUUCCUUCAAGCCAUCAUGCCAGACAUUAUGGAGAAUGAUGCUCUACUGAGGCUGAGUAAUGAAGACAGAACAACAGGGUUGUGGGCUCUUGCUAGGUCAGUGCUGACUCCUCUCCUGGGCACACUACUACUACCAUUCCUUAAAAUAAUCAUAGUGACCCUCAUCGCUUUCACACUCAGGACACUUUGCAUCGCACUCUUCGGGGAGCGAACUAUGGCGAGGAUAGUAGGCAGUGAGGGGUACAUCUACUACGCCAGUAUAGUCCUCUCCAAGUAUAUUGGUUACGGCCCCGUCACUCGCCUCCAGGGCGACUUCCUUCAGCAGCUGACCGGAUUGUGACGCUAGCCACAGGCGUGGGUGCGUCUGGGAAACACUACGUCUUCUGGGAACAUGUUGCACAUAGGGUGAGAAUCCCCGUGGAUAACGUCAGGCUUCUCCGAGGACAUCAUGACUUCCGUUGAAGGCGUUAAGGUCUUCCUGAAGGAAUUCAGGAUCCCCCUCAAGGGCGUUAGGCUUUCCUUGGAAAUGACUGCUCUAAUUCCUGAGCAGACUAUCAGUGACAGCUGCGCAGUAAGAGUCUGUACAUCUAUCACUGAUAGUGAUAUACUGUUUGCUACUAUAGUUACUUCAAGAGUACAUGCAAUCUGCAACGACCAUCAGGGUUUGUUGUAUGUUCAAGAAUGAUUAUCAUUGUGUACCGUACUGUUAACACUGAAUCUCCCCCAGGACAUGAUGCAUAAUCUGGAACGCCCCUCUGGGCUCUAAUCUGAAAUGACCACCUGCUGGGACAAGACAAUGGGAACACCACCCGAGUGCACUGGACAGUUCGAAUGACUUUAGGACUCUCUGCAAAUGGACAAUUGGGAUGGAGUCCAAGAAAUAUUGAGCAGUUGAGAAGUCUGUAAAGACGUACUGAAUAAUUGGAGCAACGGAGAGGAUGAAAAUUGUAGUGAGGAAAAAUAUAUAUCUGACGUGC